GUAAGUUAAAGUAGAGUCAAUCUCAGCAGUGAAGUGAAUAAUAGAACAUUCACUGUUGCUGUUAGGAGGGGCAUUCACUGAAACCGUGGACACAAGUCAAGUUGGAGGUACCUUGCUAGGGUCUAAGCCUCUCCGACCUCAAAUACCUGCAGCUUCAGCUUGGUUUUCCUGAUUUACUCGAAGACGACCUCGAAGGGGAGCUUGCCGGUCCGAGCUUCAGCAACACCUCCGUCUUUGCUUUUCCGCAACCUCUCCAGACUCUCGAUACGAACGCCCGCACUUACAGAAGGAUGCCUGCCGCAAAAGAGAGUGGCACUGGCCCAGACGACCAAAAUGGCCAAAUCUUCUCGGUCUCUGGACCCGUCAUCAUUGCCGAAAACAUGAUUGGAGUAGCUAUGUACGAGCUAUGCAAAGUGGGCUAUGAUGAGCUGGUGGGCGAGGUCAUUCGCAUUGAAGCCGAUAGAGCUACCAUCCAGGUCUACGAAGAGACUGCUGGUGUUACUGUCGGCGACCCUGUCCUUCGAACCGGCAAGCCUUUAUCAGUCGAGUUGGGCCCUGGCUUGAUGGAGACGAUCUACGAUGGUAUCCAACGUCCUCUGAAGACUAUCGCUGGCACAACAAACAGCAUCUACAUUCCUCGCGGUAUUGCUGUUCCCUCCUUGGACCGGGAGAAGAAGUGGCCAUUUACUCCAACCAUGAAAGAGGGGGAUCAUAUCAGCGGAGGUGAUAUCUGGGGCAAGGUCGUUGAAAACAGUCUGCUAAACGAACACCGAAUCCUGAUGCCGCCGCGUGCCAGAGGAACCAUCAAGAAAAUUGCGCCCAAAGGCGAUUACACCGUGGACGAGCCUCUCCUCACAGUCGAGUUCAAUGGUGAAACCAAAGAAUACCCAAUGAUGCAGAGCUGGCCAGUCCGUGUACCCAGACCUGUCAACGAACGCCUUCAAGCAGAUGCGCCUUUUAUCGUCGGUCAACGAGUGCUCGAUGCUCUUUUCCCUUCGGUGCAAGGUGGCACUGUGUGUAUUCCUGGAGCUUUCGGCUGCGGCAAGACUGUCAUCUCGCAGUCGGUGUCCAAGUUCUCGAACAGCGAUAUCAUCGUUUAUGUCGGGUGCGGUGAGCGAGGAAACGAGAUGGCAGAGGUGUUGAUGGACUUCCCGGAGCUUUCUAUCACCAUUGACGGCCGGAAAGAGCCCAUCAUGAAGCGAACCUGCUUGAUUGCCAAUACAUCCAACAUGCCCGUCGCGGCUCGAGAAGCCUCCAUCUAUACGGGAAUUACAGUUGCUGAAUAUUUUCGCGACCAGGGGAAAGCCGUCGCCAUGAUGGCUGACUCGUCGUCACGCUGGGCCGAAGCUCUUCGAGAAAUCUCGGGUCGUCUCGGUGAAAUGCCUGCAGACCAAGGUUUCCCAGCCUAUCUGUCUGCUAAGCUUGCUUCCUUCUACGAAAGAGCUGGCAACUCUAUUGCUCUUGGUUCUCCUGAGCGGACCGGUAGCAUUUCAAUCGUCGGAGCGGUCUCACCACCCGGCGGUGACUUUUCAGAUCCUGUUACGUCGUCCACACUGGGUAUCGUGCAAGUCUUUUGGGGUCUUGACAAGAAGUUGGCACAGCGAAAGCAUUUCCCAAGUGUCAACACUUCCCUGUCGUACAGCAAGUACACGACCACUCUCGACAAGUUCUACGCGAAAGAUCACCCCGAGUUUCCCAGACUUCGAGAUCGCAUCAAGGAGCUUCUUACCAACUCUGAAGAUCUCGACCAGGUUGUCCAACUUGUGGGUAAAUCCGCUCUUGGUGAUUCCGACAAGAUCAUUCUCGAUGUGGCUGCCAUGCUCAAAGACGAUUUCCUCCAGCAGAACGGAUACAGCGACUAUGAUCAAUUCUGCCCUCUUUGGAAGACCGAGUACAUGAUGAAGGCUUUCAUGCAAUUCCACGAUGAGGCACAGAAGGCCGUUUCGAGCGGUUUGGCCUGGGCCAAAGUUCGAGAAUCUACUGGUGAGAUUCAGCACGGUCUGCGCAGCAUGAAAUUCGAGUUGCCAGAUAACCAGGAGGAGGUUUCGGUCAAAUAUGACAAGCUCUUGCAGAGCAUGUCCGAGAAGUUUGCCAGUGUUAGCGAUGAAUAGAGGAAUGCAACAGGAUGGGUUUAGCAAAGGACAAGCGGUGUAUGUAAUUAGAGGCUCAGAACUCUACUGUGUAGGUACAAAUCACUAGAGAGUAGGCACCGAGCUUGUUUCCACAAAAAGUGCCACCGUCUGACAGGGCGUAUAUCGAAGACACAAGGUCGAAGUCACGCUGGUCCACA